GAGAGACGAGCCCAUCGGCUGGUCAAUGGUCGGGAACAGAAAACGGGAAUCUUUAGAGACCGCUGGAGUAUUUAUUCAUCUAUUUAUUUUAACAAAACAUGAUUAAUUUUUUAAGUCUUAUGAAGAUUUUUAGCGUGAACGAUUGAAAUGAUUUAUUUAAACAGAGAAUCUUAUCAUUUUUUCGUAAUUAUGUGACUGCUUUCCCUAUUUAACUGAGGAAUUUUAGAAUGUUUUUUGGCUAUUAUUUUGAUUACAUGACAAAUAGAACAGAAGUGUCAUUGAAACGUAAUUAAACAUUUACAAAACGUUUGUAUAUGAGAAAAGUCAGUCAUAAAGUGAAUGUCAUUAGUAAAAAGUGAGUUGAUGAUGCAUAACAGAAAAUAAUGGUGAAACAAGAACGCGAUAAACUUUUGAAUUAAUUGCAAAUUCGAACAUGUGAUCGAAACGGAUAACAGACGUAAACAGAUAUAAUAAAAAAAAAAAUCCAGAAACAAAAGAUAAAAAAAAAACGAAUAAAUCAAACAUAAACUAACACAUUAACAAAAAAAGAAAGAAAAAGAAAAAAAAACAAAUACACACGAGAACCAAAAAAAAGGUAAACAAACCCCCGAAACAAAAGCGAAACGCCAUGAUGAAGCAGCUCGACCAAACCGAAGUCCAGCGCCUUCCGGACAAACUCCUUGGCCAAAUCAUCCACAAUCUCCAAGCUUUUCCCAACGAGACGGUUGAUUUCCGACAGCCUCAUCUCCGUCAGUCCUUAGCCGAGGUUUUCCCACUCUUUCUGGUCCUUUAUGGCUUGCUGGUGAUCCUAGGAACAUCCGGAAACGUGGCCAUGAUUCUACACAUCCUAAGGGGGCGUGUGUAUAAAGACCCCACCUACGCCUACGUCAUGAACAUUGGCGUGUGUAAUGUGGUCAUGAGCGUGGUCCUCCUGCCCGUCUCGUUGGCUAUUCUCCUCAUUCAGAACUGGAUCUUUGGGAGUUUCCUGUGCUACUUCGUGCCCAUGUUGCAGGACAUCCCCAUGCACGCGACGAUGGCCACGAUGGUGUUCAUAGCAGUGGACAGGUACCGUAUUAUCUUCACGCCCACGAAGCCACGCCUACCUCCCUUCGCGUCCGUCGUAGCCGUGUGGAUUUUGUCCGUGUGUGUGGUGCUGCCCUACGCCGUCUACAUGAACUAUAUUGAUUUGCAGACCUUAUUCGGACCGCAGUUUGAGGGCGUGGGAAUCUGCACAGUUAACCUGACGGACGAAAUAACAGAAUACAUCCGGGGUCUCUUCGUUGUCCUCUACGCCUUCCCCUUGGCCCUUAUCGCCUUCCUGCACGUGAGAGUGAGCAGCGAGAUGAAGAGCAGAGAAGCUCCAGUGAACAUGGUGUCGCUAGAUGGGCGUCCCAGGAGGUCUCAGCCAGAUGUUUGGAGUGUCCAGGAUGACAGGCAGGCGUCGAGCCUCCCUCGCUCUCCCCGAAACCAACACCCGUCUUUCUCCUGCCGCAGCGGAUGGCGCCCGAACGAAGCCCUGGACGGCCAGGGGCGUCCCGACGGCGGAGCGGGCGGCGCUUUCCUCUUCCAUCACGACGCCCAACACCGCUCUCCCUACUACACACCCACGCCCACGCCCAAAACCACGCCCACGCGCCUCGGAGGACGGGCCAGGGAGGCAGCAGAAGGGGACUUGGACGUGGCGAGGGAGAAGAGGAACCAGAGAUACCUGACGACGAUGGUCAUCGCUUUCGGCCUCUGCCUCUGCCCCCUCAUGACGCUCAGAAUGGUGAAAAACAUGGUCCUGGAGACGUACGAUAACUCUGGUCUCUUCGACAUUACUUUCAUCAGCUUCGUGUGGAUGGCUUUUCUGCCCACCGUCACUACCCCCGCUGUCUUCGCCCUCUGGAGGAUGAGCAGACUACAACAGGUAGCCAAGUUUUAUAAGUUGUUUCUCGAGAGAAACUGCAGUAUUAAUAAUGAAGCAACAUCUCUCCCUGUUAUAAAGGGUCUUGCUUCUAGUGCGUUGUCACACUGUACAAAGAAAUCCCAGAGUACCAAGAAUGUAACAAUCUCUUCCUUGUUCCGAGCAAAACAUGUGCAAUGGUAUAAACACAGUAUUGCUACUGUGCAACUUUAUGCGGUGAUUCUGGCGCAACGUACCUUUGAAACUAUAUUCCUGAUUACAGUUCCAUUUUGUUUGAUCUACUGCAUUUCUCCUAAAGGUGCUCAUAUAUCCAUUCGUAUGACCUUUGACCUUUCUGCAGUUGGUGGGAAAGACUCCACAUGUAACGUCCAGGUCUUUGGAAUGCAGAUAAACGUAACUAAGUCUGUAUUGCAUCUAUCAUGGUUGGCUCAGUUGCAGAUAUUCCUUAGAAGUGAUGCAGAUCAGUUGUAUGCAACUAAGGCCGUAUUGCAUCCGUCGCGGUUGGCUCAGCUGCAGAGGCCUGCUUCGGACAUUGAAGUACAUGAUGGCGGGCCUCCUCAGGUGCGCGAGUUCACCUGCGCCGUCCUCAGUCCGCGGGAGUUGUUGGAAAACCUCUAA